AUGAUAAUGGGGAACCCUCAGAUGACCUGGUGCCAGCCAUUCUGGACACCGCCCAUCAGUACAACAUCCAGGUAUGGCUCCCAUGGUGCAUUUUACCGCUAUAAGAACAGCAUGGGCAAGAGCCUCCCACUCUUUUAUAUCUACGACUCAUACCUGACAUCCCCUGAGGCCUGGGCCCACCUCCUGACACCAAACGGGCCCCACUCAAUCCGCAACACCCCCUAUGAUGGGGUCUUCAUCGCACUGUUGGUGGAGGAGGGCCACACCCACGACAUCCUGGCUGCCGGAUUCGAUGGCAUGUACACCUACUUUGCCUCCAAUGGUUUCUCCUUUGGCUCCUCCCAUCAGAACUGGAAAGCUGUGAAGAACUUUUGUGAUGCCAACAACCUCAUGUUCAUCCCCAGCGUGGGGCCUGGCUAUAUUGACACCAGCAUCCGGCCCUGGAACAACCACAAUACGAGGAACAGGGUCAAUGGCAAGUACUAUGAGACGGCCCUGCAGGCAGCCCUGACGGUGAGGCCCGAGAUCGUCUCCAUCACCUCUUUCAAUGAGUGGCAUGAGGGCACCCAGAUUGAGAAGGCCAUCCCCAAGAAGACACCAACUCGUCUGUAUUUGGACUACCUGCCUCAUCAGCCCAGCCUGUACCUGGAGCUGACUCGCCGCUGGGCGGAGCACUUCAUCAAAGAGAAGGAGCAGUGGCUGAUGUGAGGGGUCUGCAAACAGGGACACGAGGUGCUGAUGUCCCAGCCUCACUGGAAGAUGUCACCACAUGGGGCUCAGCUGAGGUUGAGGCACUCGCUCGUCUCCAAGUCAGCAGCUGGGUGCUUCUGGGUGGGCCAUCAAGCCUAGGCCCGUGUAGAACAGGGCCUGCUCCUCAGGCAAGUGGUGCUGGGGUACUCUGCAAGUGACAGGAAACUAGGCGGUGUUCCAGAGAGGGAACCAUAGAGGCUGGCAGGUGACUGGACCUAGCCCAGGGCAGCUCCACAUCCUCAGUCAGAACACUUGAAAACGAUCCCUUUUAGCUUUGAAUUCGGCAGGUGGUGUGUAGUGGAGUCGCUGAGUCA